AUGAUUUAUCCUCGAUCUAUAUACUUCCUACUCAUCGCCUUUCCUUUCUUUGUUAUAUUCCUGUUUUUUCGAUAUCAGUCGCCAUUUGAUCUACUACCACAUGUUGAAAACGAAACUAUGCUCCCCAAAAUAAGCAUGAUACAACAAAUGAAUAAAGAAAAAGAAAGUAUGCUCCAACAAAUAGCGAAAGAGAGAGAAAGUAUGCUCCAACAAAUAGCGAAAGAGAAAGAAAGUAUGCUCCAACAAUUGAAAAUGAAACAAAAAGAACCAACCGUUUCUCAAAACAUUGGAGUAAAUGAUUUGUGUACAUUGAUUGAUAAAGGUAUUGCAGUUGACUCUUGGUGGAAAUAUGUCUGUUUGAUUGAAAGGAGCAUCGACAAGCCUGUAGGUUAUAAUUGUAAAGAUGCUAAGAACAUGGGAAAUUGGAAAAUUUGUUUUGAUGAAAAAUACAGCCCGAUUCGUCCAGAUAAACCCUGUCUAGUUUAUUCAUUUGGGAUUGCUGGGGAUUUUACUUUUGAUGAAGCUAUGGCUAAAAAAGGUUGUGAGGUGUAUUCAUUCGAUCCAAGCAUGGGACUCGAAGACUACACACAUAGUAAAAAUGUUUACUUUAAAAACAUUGGGUUAAGUCACGUCGAUGAUGAUAAUUUCUCACCAAGAUUUGAUAUUUAUGUCAAGAAGCCUCAGAUUUGGAAAACUCGUACACUGAGAUCGGUUAUGAAAAUGUUAAAGCACGAAAAGAGAGUGAUAGACGUAUUGAAAUUUGAUAUUGAGCUAGCUGAAUGGAAGGUUAUGAUGAAUAUAAUACAAGACGGGAUGCUGCCUAAAAUACGACAGCUACUUACAGAAUGGCAUAUUUUUCCACGAGGACCAAAACGAGAUGAACUCAAAACUUUUUAUGAAAUGCAUCGUGAUUUGCCAUCACACGGACUGGAGACGUUUUAUAGAAGAGGUCAUACUCGCAGACAUUCAAAUAUACUCAAAUUUAAUUCUCAAGCUGAAUCUUGUUUUGUCAAUGUUAACUUUACAGAUCCAAAAUAA